CCCGAGGUGGGCGUGGCCGCGCGGGGGCGGGGCCCGGGGGGGUGUGGCGGCCCCUCCCCCCGCACUUCCGGCGGCGCAAGGGCGCCCCCCGGCGGCGGCUGCGGGCGCUGCCCCUCCCCCUCCUGCGGCUGCUCCUGGCGCGGGGGGGGCUCUGGGGGGGGCGGGGGGAGGGGCGGCCGCGCCCGCGGGGGGCGGGGCGCCCGCAAGGCCACGCCCCCCUGGGGCAGGAGUGGGCGGGGGCCUGCCGGCGGCCAGGAGCGGGGGAGGGGCGGCCCCGCCCCCCGGCCAGUGAGGGGGAGCCCCUCCCCCACCCGGAGGGGGAAGGGCCCCUCCCCAACGGGCUGGGCGGGGGAGGGGGCGGGGCCUCUCCCCGCCUGCCCCUCCCCCCCCCCUCGCCCCUCCCCCCCCGGCCCCCAUCCUCAUCAGCAACGUCACCGGAGGGGGGCGGGGCCGAGGCGGGGCCACGCCCCCUGCCCGCCGGGGGAGGCCACGCCCCCUCCCCCGGCCACGCCCCCCGCCCGGGCCACGCCCCCCGCGCAGCCCAGCCCCCCCCUGAGGGAGGAGCACGUGACCUGCGUGCAGAGCAUCCUGGACGAGUUCCUGCAGGCCUACGGGAGCCUCAUCCCCGUCAGCGCCGACGAGGUCGUGGAGAAGCUCGAGGACAUUUUCCAGCAGGAGUUCAGCACCCCCCAGAGGAGGGGCUCGGUGCAGCAGCUGCUGCAGUCGUACCAGCGCCUGCCGGGCAACGCGCUGCUGCGCGGCUUCCGCGUCAGCUACAAACGCCACGUGCUCACCAUGGACGACCUGCAGACCCUCUACGGCCCCAACUGGCUCAACGACCAGGUGAUGAACAUGUACGGCGACCUCGUCAUGGACGCCGUCCCCGACAAGGUGCAUUUCUUCAACUCCUUUUUCUACGACAAGCUGCGCACGCGCGGCUACGAGGGCGUGCAGCGCUGGACCAAGAACGUGGACAUUUUCGGCAAGGAGCUGCUGCUGAUCCCCAUCCACCUGGAGGUGCACUGGUCCCUCGUGGCCGUGGACGUGGCGCGCCGCACCAUCACCUACUUCGACUCCCAGCGCACGCUCAACCGCCGCUGCCCCAAGCACAUCUGCCGCUACCUGCAGGCCGAGGCCGACAAGAAGGAGCGGCCGGAUUUCCGCGAGGGCUGGAGGGGCGCCUUCAAAAUGAACGUCGCCCGGCAGAACAACGACAGCGACUGCGGCGCCUUCGUGCUGCAGUACUGCAAGUUCCUGGCGCUGGGGCGCCCGUUCAGCUUCACGCAGCAGGACAUGCCGCACCUGCGGCGCCUGAUGUACAAGGAGCUCUGCCACUGCCAGCUCGCCCUCUGAGCCCCCGAAAGGAAAUUUGGGGCGCCCCGGGAGGGGGGAAAAUGUGGGAAAUAUGAGAAAUAAAAAAAACCCAGAGGAAAUCCCAAAAUCCGGCGGGAAACGGCGGCGGAAUGGCGGAAAAAUGGGAAAAAAUGGGGAAAAAAUGGGAUUUUGGGGGGAAAAAUCGGCAGGGUUUGGGGUGCCCCAAAAUUUUGGAAACUUCCAGGAUCCCAAAAAAUAUAAAAAUAAAAAAAACCCUGAAAAAAUCCCCAAAAAAUCAAAAAAUUGGUGUCGGAAUGGUCAAGAAAUGGGGAAAAUUUGGAUUUUUUGGGGAAAAAUGGGCGGGGUUUGGGGGGUUUGGGAGUUCCAAAAAAUUUGGGGAACGUCUGGAUCCCAAAAAAUACAAAAAUAAAAAGAAAUCCCCCAAAAUCCCUGAAAAAAUGUGAAAAUUUGGAAGAAAUCAGACUCAGAAUGGACAAAAAAUGGGAAAAAAUGGGGAAAAAAUGGGAUUUUUGGGGGAAAUGGGAGGAGUUUGGGGGUUCUGAAAAAUUUGGGGAAGUUCUGGUCCCGAAAAAAUAAAAAAAUAUAAAAAUCCCCAAAAAUCGCUGAAAAAAUCAGAAAAUUUGGAAGAAAUUGGACUCAGAAUGGACAAAAAAUGGGAAAAAAAAUGGGAUUUUUUGGGAAAAUGGGAGGAGUUUGGGGUUUCUGAAAAAUUUGGGAAGUUCCAGGAUCCCGGAAAAUACAAAAAUAAAAAAAAUCCUGGAAAAAACAAAAAAAAUCUGAAAUUUUGGCAGAAAUUGGACUCAAAAUGGUCCAAAAAUGGGAAAAAAUGGGAAAAAUUUGGAUGUUUUGGGAAACAUGGGUGGGAUUUGGGGGGUUUUGGGGUCCCAAAAAAUGUGGGAAUUGUUCCAGAUCUUAAAAAUCCAAAAUUCCCAAAUAAAACCCCCCAAAAUCUGAAAAUUCUGUAAAAAUUGGUGUCGGAAUGGUCGAAAAAAUGGGAAAAAAUGGGAAAAAUUUGGAUUUUUUUUUGGGCAAAAGUGGGCGGGGUUUGGGGGUUUCUAAAAAAUUUGUGGAGGUCGAGAUCCUAAAAAUCCAAAAUUCCCAAAUAAAACUUGAAAAAAAAUCAAAAAAAUCAAAAAUAAAAAAACAAAAAAUCCCCCAAAAAUCCUCAAAAACUUGAAAAUUCUGCAAAACUUGGUGUCAGAAUGGGCAAAAAAAUGGGAAAAAUUUGGAUUUUUAUUUGAAAAAUUGGUGGGGUUUGGGGGUUUUGGGGUCCCAAAAAAUUUGGGAAUUUUUCCAGAUCUUAAAAAUCCAAAAUUCCCAAAUAAAACAAAAAAAAAGGUAAAAAAAAUCCCAAAAAAUCUGUAAAAAUUCGGGUUGGAAUGGGUGAAAAAUGGGAAUUUUGGGAUUUUUGGGGGGAAAAAUGGGAGGAAUUUGGGGUUUUAAAAAUUUGGGAAUGGUCCUGGAUCCUAAAAAUUUGAAAAUCCAAAAAACUCCCCCAAAAAAUCUCCAAAAAUAAAAAAAAAUCCCCCCAAAAAUUGGAAAAAAACGCCCAAAAAAAUCAGAAAAAAAAUCACAAAAAACCCCAAAAAUUCC